AUGGUCCGCCUCAUCCUCCUGAUCGCCUCCGUUAUCCUCUCUCUCUCGUUCGCCGCGCCACUUCCCACCUCAAGCAGCGUUGCCAUCGCAGAUUCACCAGUCUUAUCUGCGAUUCCAGAUCUGAUUGUCAUCGAAAGAGAUGCUUCAGCAGCAGUACCUGACAACACCGGAGUAGGAGGUAGUGGAUUCCGCCUGAAAGGGGGAGCAUCUCACAGACGCGAGGCUUUCCCAAUGGCUGAUGCUUUGCCUUUACCUUCUACGUUACCCGCGGCGUCUCCUGAAUCACGGUCUUUUCCUCCGGAUGAGCUAGGUGUGGGGGGUGCCGAUUUUAAGAGUGGACUUAUACGCGGUGGCCUCUCGUCAUGA